AUGGACUUCCUUGAAACCUUUUCACCAGUUGUUAAACCAGCAACUAUUCGGAUCAUUCUCUCUGUUGCUCUCAUGAAUGGCUGGCCACUUAAACAAAUUGAUGUCAAAAAUGCAUUUUUGAAUGGCUAUUUGACUGAAACUGUUUUUAUUGAGAAGCCUCAAGGUUUCCAAGAUGCUCGGUUUCCACACCAUGUUUACAAAUGGAAUCGUGCUCUAUAUGGUCCCAAACAGGCCCCGCGGGCUUGGUAUGAUCGGUUUGCUCAAUUUUUAUUCUCUCACAACUUUCAAGCCAGCUCUGCAGAUCCAUCGUUAUUUGUGAGACUCCAACAGUCCACUGUAACUAUACGUCCAUUAUAUGUGGAUGAUAUCAUUCUCACUGGCAGCAGUCCAACUUUUCUUGCAUCCUUUCAAAAUGAAGUCUCUCGUACUUUUGCUAUGACUGAUCUUGGGGACUUACAUUAUUUCUUAGGCAUUCAAGUCCAACACACUACUUCCAGCCUAUUCCUCAACCAGCAACGCUAUAUUAUGGACAUCCUAGAACGUGCUCAGAUGCAAUCAUGCCGAUCAACUGUUACCCCAAUAGUUACUAAUGUUUACAGCAACAGUACUGUAGAAGAAGAAGCAUAUCCCAAUGCUACAUUGUAUCGUAGUCUUGUUGGAGCUCUGCAAUAUCUUACUUUUAUUCGACCAAACAUUACUUAUGCUGUUAAUUAUGUGUCACAGUUUAUGCAUGUUCCUUCCCUGCGACAUUUUCAGUUGCUGAAACGCAUACUUCGAUAUAUUCAGGGCACUAUCUCUCUUGGAAUGCAAUUGUUUAAGCCGAGCAAAUUAUCAAUUGGAGCUUAUUUUGAUGCAGAUUGGUCUGGCUGCCCCUCCACUCAUCGCUCUACCACAGCCUGCUGCACUUUUCUGGGCCCCAAUUGUAUUUCUUGGGCAUCUAAACAACAACAAAGUGUUGCGAGAUCUUAUUGUGAAGCUGAAUAG